AGUGACAGUCCAAGUCUCUCAAUAAAUCAGUAGUCAAUGUAAAGCAAAUAAGGUUACGUUUAGGUUCCAUUUUUAUCCACCAUUUUUAAACUGCUGCGAAUAAGGUAAACUUUAAGCAUGUCUGUAAUGGGACAACCGAGCUUUGCCGCGUGGUCGGGGGGUCCCCAGGCCUCUGGCUUUGGCGGUAGCAACCUUACGGUCGUCGAUAAAGUCACGCCUGACAUGAUCCAUCUCGUCGACGCUUACUGGUACCAAUUCCCCCCAAUGAACCCCCUUUGGCACGGAAUACUUGGCUUCUCGAUCGCAGUCUUGGGCUUCAUCUCAAUUUUCGGCAAUGGAAUGGUUUUGUAUAUUUUCGCCUCUACCAAAGCACUUAGAACACCCUCUAAUCUUUUAGUUGUCAAUUUAGCCUUUUCUGAUUUCUCCAUGAUGUUCUGCAUGGCAUUCCCUAUGGUUGUCAAUUGCUACUACGAGACCUGGGUUUGGGGACCACUUUUCUGUGCUCUGUAUGGAAUGUUUGGCUCCCUGUUUGGAUGCGUUUCCAUUUGGACGAUGGCCUUUAUCGCUCUCGACAGAUAUAACGUAAUUGUCAAAGGAUUAAGCGCUAAGCCGUUUACAAAAAAAGUUGCUUUUCUGUGGAUUUUAAUUAUCUGGCUAAUGUCUGUUGGAUGGACCAUCGCUCCUCUUUUCGGAUGGAACAGAUACGUACCAGAAGGAAACAUGGCUGCUUGUGGAACCGACUAUCUUAGCAAGGACUUGCUCAGCAUAAGCUACAUUUACGCCUACAGCUUCUUCGUAUAUUUCCUUCCUUUGUUUAUGAUUAUUUACUGCUAUUUCUAUAUCGUACAGGCUGUAGCUACCCACGAAAAAGCAAUGAGAGAACAGGCAAAGAAAAUGAACGUCGCUUCUUUAAGGUCCUCGGAAGCAGCAGCGACUAGCGCUGAAUGCAAACUUGCCAAGAUCGCCUUGAUGACAAUCGCGUUGUGGUUCUUUGCAUGGACUCCAUACCUAGUGGUAAAUUGCGUAGGAGUCCUUGGCAGCUCAAAAAUCACACCUUUGGCAACAAUCUGGUGUUCCCUAUUCGCUAAGGCGAAUGCGUGCUAUAACCCAAUUGUUUAUGGAAUUAGUCAUCCAAAAUACCGCCAAGCUUUGGAGAAGAAAUUUCCUAGCUUGGUCUGUGCCAAAGGCUCUGACAAAACCUCAGAUGCAGUAUCAACAACCUCAGGAGUGACAAAUGUGACAGAAGGAGAGAAAGCAUAAGUAAUUUUUUUCAAUCCACAUAUUGUAAAAUUAUUAAUAUCUUGGUAAUGUUUACAAUUGUUGGAUUGUAUUAAAGAUGUUAAAAACCACUGAUGUAAAUUUUUUAAAUAACUUUGAAUUAAACCCUGCAAGCAUACAA